GCCUUUCGCUGUCGCUAUGGCGACACGAACUGCAACAACGACGACAAGUGCUUGCGAAGAUGAAGCUGCCGUCCAAAUGCGCCCCGGCUCGGAUGAAGAAACUCAAGAGUAUCCGACUGGGUUGAAACUUUGGCUCAUCAUUCUCACCAUGAGUGCCUUAGUUACUCUUGGAGGGCUGGACACCAGCAUCGUCGCGACCACUGUGCCCAGUAUAACCAAUCAUUUCCACACCGUUGCUGAUGUUGGCUGGUAUUCUUCCGCAUUCCGGCUCUGCUCCUGCGCAUUCCAGUUCAUCUUUGGCAAGCUAUACAGGCUGUUCUCUAUCAAAGUUAUAUUCUUGCUUGCGCAGGCCAUAUUCCUAGUAGGCUCUGUGCUCUGUUCCACAGCCAUGACAUCCUCUAUGUUUAUUAUAGGGAGAGCUGUCACUGGAACAGGCUUUGCAGGAAUCAUUGGAGGAUUAUUUACUAUUCUUAUGUAUAUCUUGCCUCUCCGUCGACGCCCAUUCUUCUGCGGCGUGUUAGGCAUGGUUGAGAGUCUGGCUAUUCUUGCUGCACCGAUUAUUGGUGGAGUUCAGACUGAAUCACUUGGCUGGCGGUGGUAUUUCUGGAUCAAUCUACCAAUUGGAUCUGUCUCACUCUUGAUGACUAUAUUUCUGUUUUCAGAUCCAAAACCCAGUGAUAUGAACAAAUCCUUGAAACAAAAGCUGAUCGAAAUUGACCCAGUCAGCAGCCUGCUAUUCAUUCCUGCGCUGACCAGCCUUUUCAUCGCCCUUUCCUGGGCCGGGACGAAAUACGCCUGGGAUGAUGGUAAGGUUAUUGGUCCUCUUAUCACCUUUACUGUUCUGCUUGUUGCCUUUGCAUAUAAUCAAUACCGACAAGGUGAUGCUGCUACUUUACCUCCGCGUCUCAUCAUGAACCGCAACGUCAUUGCCGCCUCAAUCUUUACGAUGUGCUCUAAUAGAGCUACUAAUAUACUUGAGUAUUAUUUACCAACCUACUAUCAGGUUGUACGCAGUUACCCUCCCAGCACAGCAGGUUAUAUGAUGUUGCCAGUUGUUAUUGGCUCCACCAUUGGAAUGUUCGUCUGCGGAUCUGGAACUAGCAUAAUUGGUUACUACACGCCAUUCAUGCUCUUUUCUUCCACCCUGCUGCCUGUCUUCGCGGGUCUAAUAACAACCUUUGGUGUUGAUACAAGCUUUACACAACUUAUCCUGUACCCUGGCGCAUACGGCUUCUCAAGUGGAGUAGGCUUUAAUGCUCCAAUUAGUGCUGUACAGACAGCACUACCCACUAGUGAUGCCUCACUGGGCCUAUCUAUUGUGCUCUUUGCCCAGCACUUUGGUCCUUCUGUGUGUGCUGCCAUAGCUCAGGUUAUUUUCACAAAUAAACUCUCAGCAAACCUGGCCCGGGUAGUCCCGGGGUUGGAUCCCGCAACUAUUGACUCCAAUGGGCUGUCGGAUACCGUGGGACGUGCUCCCCCAGCUCAGCGCGGACUGGUUCUUGCAGGCGUUGGUAGGAGCUUUGGUGAAACUUGGUAUCUGGCAGUUGGACUGGCAUGUGCGACGUUGAUUGGGAGCUUGCUCAUGGAGUGGCGAUCCGUCAAAGCAAAGAAUGCUUAAGCGAUUAGAGAUGGCGUCAAGACUAUCGUACGGCUUGAAUACAAUCACCAACUUCUUGGUUUAGGGGCUCUAAAUUCUCUCUAUCGUAUCAUUCCGAGACAACGUCCGAACGAUCAAGCGUCGCACGGUAUUCAGCAGGUCUAAACUGAGCCUCCGAAACAAAAUCGCUGGCUACACUGCGCAGGGCGGGAUAGAAUCCCCAGCCCAGCGCGAGGAUCGACAACCCGAUGCUAAUAAUGCGGGAUGGGGCGCGAAACCCAUAGGAGUGAAUCCAGCCAGCGACGAUUAAAGCGGCGCCGACAAGGGCGAUGAGGAAAUUUCUUCUUGCUGGCUGGAGACGCCACUUGAGCAAGUUUGCUUCCCUGCCACGGGAGAAGGGGGUGUUUUCGUGGGCCAUUUCAUGGGUGUCUUGAAGAAGGGCAGGUGAUGAUAUCUUGGGUAGGAAGGCAACGGCACUUAUCUAGGCAACAAGACAGGAAUAAUACUUAUGGUC